AUGUCAAUCGCCGCUGGAGUCCAACCAUGUCCCACAAUCCGCCCCUCAAACCUCCUGCUCGCGACAAAAACGCUUCCAAAUCACUUCCCACUCAAAACCCCCAACCGAUCGAACCCCAAAUUGCUCAAAUUAACCGCCUCGUCCUCCGCCGGAACCCUAGAAAUAUCGGCCUCCGGCGAGGAGGACGGGCCAAUGAAGAAGCGCUUGGUGGUCGCUAAGCCAAUGGAGCGGCCUAGGCUGGUCCUGAAGUUCGUCUGGAUGGAUAAGAACGUCGGCAUCGCCCUAGACCAGGUGAUUCCCGGCGGCCACGGCACUAUCCCGGUAAGUCCGUACUAUUUCUGGCCGAGAAAGGACGCCUGGGACGAGCUUAGGGUUGUCCUUGAGAGCAAGCCGUGGAUAUCGAGGAAGCAGGCGGUGGUGCUGCUUAAUCAGGCCACCGACAUUAUUAAUCUGUGGCAGGCUACGGCGGAGAUUUAA